AUGGCGACCAAGUACACUCUCCAUUCUAAACACCGGAUGCUAUCGGGUCAUGAGAUCCCGGUCAUUGGAUACGGGUCCUAUAUGAUCCCUCCGGCUACAACAGAAAAGGUUGUUGCAGAGGCAGUCAAGGUGGGAUUCCGCCAUAUUGACUCGGCCGUCAUGUACGGAAACGAGAAGGCCUGUAGCCGGGCCAUGCAGAACUCAGGCGUCGACCGUUCCGAACUGUUCUUCACGACCAAGAUUCCCCCGGGAUCAAUGGGGUACUCGCAGACGAAGCGAGCAGUGGAUUCCAGUCUGCGAGGCGCUGGGCAGGAAUACUACGAUCUGAUCCUUAUCCAUGCCCCCUACGGUGGCAAAGAAGCCCGACUAGGAUCAUGGAAGGCACUGGUUGAAGCCCAGAAAGCAGGCAAAACCAAGUCCAUCGGUGUAUCAAACUACGGUAUCCAUCACCUCGAAGAGCUUGAGGAGUACAUCAAAGGCGGAGGCGGCGGCGAGAUCUCCGUCGGCCAGUACGAAUUGCACCCCUGGUUGGAUCAUUCCGAUAUCGCGACGUGGUUGCACAAGCGUAAGAUCAUCGUCGAAGCUUAUUCGCCUCUCGCGCAUGGCGAGCGACUUCGGGAGCCGGUGCUGAAGAAUAUCGGGAAGAAGUACGGCAAGAGCCCGGCUCAGGUUUUGAUUCGGUGGAGUUUGCAGAUGGGAUUCCUGCCUCUGCCCAAGUCCGUGACGCCGCAACGGAUUAAAGAAAACACGGAGGUGUUUGACUUUGAGUUGUCGGCGGAGGAUAUGGAAUUGCUGGACACCGGAGAGUAUUGCCCGACUGACUGGGAUCCGACCGUGGAUGUGGAUUAA